UCAAAGCAUGCGCUAGUGUAUGAAGACAAUCACGUAUGUAUUACGCGGAAAGAAAUAAAUAAGGUAGUGAUCAGGUGCAAUUGACCGAUUGAUAGAAAGUGCGUGGAAACAGCAGAACUAAUCCAUCUUUUUAAGUAAAAACUGCCAAUUGAAACUUUUUCGAAACAAUGGAAUCAUAAGACGAUCAACGAUUAAUUGAUUUUUUAUUCGUAAUACGCGUCCAUCAUCUAGACAUGGAUGAAAAUUUGAGCCGAGGCUAUGUGCAGUUAGGAAAAGCGAGGGGCAUGAAUGAAUUUAAAUUCUCCAAUGGAUUCACGCAUUUGUCUCCUCCAGUCGAUAAAUGCAACUUCAUUUAUUUUGCCCUUAUACUUGGCGGUAUAGGAUUUCUCUUACCAUACAACAGUUUUAUCAUAGCAGUGGACUUUUUUCAAGCGAGAUAUCCCGGAACUACUGUAAUAUUCGAUAUGUCAGUCGUCUAUAUUAUUAUGGCCUUUUUCGCGGUUUUUGCAAAUAAUAUUUUGAUUGAAACGUUAUCUUUAAAUACACGAAUAACUUUCGGAUAUCUAGUAGCCUUUGCUACUCUAAAUUUUGUUGUGAUAUCUGAAAUUUGGUGGGAGCCUUUUGACGUGGCUACUUCUUACACGAUUAAUUUAGUCAUCGUUGCGAUAGUAUCGCUCGGCUGCACCGUCCAACAAUCAAGCUUUUAUGGAUAUACUUCUAUGCUUCCCAGUCGAUACACACAAGCUGUGAUGAUUGGAGAAAGCAUUGCCGGUCUUUGGGUCUCUAUCAAUCGAUUAUUAACCAAAUCGUUGCUGGAUGAUGAACGCAGCAAUACAUCUAUGUUUUUUUUUGUAUCGAAUAGCACGAUCCUAAUGUGCUUCGUAUUAAAUCAAAAAGUUCGCAAGACUGAUUUCGUGCAGUUUUACAUAACGUUGUGUCAAGAAAGAAAUCGUAUUACAUUAGAACCGACAGAAGAUGUUGGUUUAAUGGAUCCUUUGGAUCAGAUUGGAGAUCCUUCGAAAGGUCAGUACGGUGUCCUUAAGAUUCAGACUAGCCCCCUAGGAAAUGAAUCCACGAGUGGAAAUACCGAGUUAAAUGGAAUAAAUCAAUAUUCGCCGUUUUCAUUCAGUAAUCCUGUAUACGAACCUGGCGCACCAUCAGGAAAUCCUCCCGGUAGUGCUGGUCCUACAUAUAAAGUCGAAGAUGUAGUUGUUAUGAGGGGUACAUACGGAACUCAAGCCAGUAAACCGUGGCCUGAAAUCAAAAAGGGUUUACUUGCAAGAUUUGAAGUGGCAAAAAUAAUAUUUCCAUACAUGGGCAGUAUUGGAUUAGCAUAUUUUGUAACACUUUGUUUAUAUCCUGGAAUUAUGUCAGAAAUUAUUUCUUGUAAACUUGGAUCAUGGAUGCCAGUAAUUUUGAUGACCGCUUUUAAUGCUUCUGAUGUAAUUGGCAAGAUGCUUGCAAUGAUUCCUUACGAUUGGAAACGCACUCAAUUAUUAUUAUUCUCGAGCGUUAGAGUUGUAUUGAUUCCUUUAUUUUUACUUUGUGCGUUACCUAGAAGAACUCCAAUACUUGCUAACGAAGGAUAUCCAUUGUUACUUUCUUGUUUGCUUGGUGUUACAAACGGUAUCGUUGGUUCCAUUCCAAUGAUGCAGGCACCUACUAAAGUACCAGAAGGACAUCGGGAGUUAGCAGGCAAUAUCAUGACUUUGUCAUAUACUACAGGUUUGACAGUGGGCUCGUUAUUCGCAUACAUAUUGGAUACUCGUUUCGAGUUACCAGUUCAGUCGAAAGACGUAUGUUAUAAAGCACCAAGUUUAACGUCAAUACCAUUUAACAAUACGACACCAAGCAGUUUGACAGAUGUUACGUUUUUCACGUUAUUCACAUUGACAGAAAACGUCACAUCGAAGGUAAAUACUACCGUUACUGUUUUAUCAAAUUUUUUAUCAACAUCUAGCUUGAUGUCUAAUAACACCGUUAGUUCGUUAACUACCGCUAUGACGGAAUCUUCUACCAUAUCACCGAAAAUUUCCUUUAACGUUACUACUUCGGUGAACAAUGCAAUUUUACAACACUAGGACAUGAAAAAUUGUGUGCUGUGUUGAAUCUGGUGUUCUGCAUGAAUAAAAUUUCUAGAAAAUCAUUAUAAAUAGGAAUUUUAUUUAUUUACAAUUAUUUUUUAUAUUAUUGAAGCGUUUUUUAAAACAUAUCAAUCAAAUCAGAGAAUAUAAUUUUUAAAAAAAUUUUAAUUCAAUAGAUUUAAUUAAAAUCACAAAAUUGAACACACCAGAUUGAACACACACACACAUUCGAAUCUUGUAAUUUAAAAAGAAGAAGGUAGAGAUAUAUGUUUCUUGAUCUUGACUUAGACUAAAAAUAAUUAUGAAAAAGUAAAAUGAAUAAUUUUUGGAAAUGUUAUAUCAAAUAUGAAAUACAAACAUAAAUAUUAUAAAUUUUAAAAAAAUUAGAAAAAUGUAAUUUAAUUUAAAUUGAAACUUGUGAAUUUCUUAUUUUUUUUUUAAAUUAAGACAGAAUCAGCAAAUAUAUAUAUAUAAGUAAUAUGAAGUAUUUUAUUUUUAUUUGAAAGAAAUAAGUUAAUAAAAUUUUUUUUGAAAGAAAUAAGUUCAUAAAAUAAGUCCUUUACAAAAUUCAUUUUAUAUUUUAAUGUAUGUAAAUUCUAUUCUAUUCAAUCAUAACUAAAAAACAAAAAUGCAAAAAUUUAAUAAAUAUUAAUGAAAGAAUGGUUAUUAUUUUGACCUUUAUUUUAAAUUUUAAAGUUAUAAUUGAUAAUUAAAAAUUUAAAAUUUCAUUGCUAUAUAUAGAUAUAAAAAAUUAUUAUUUUUAAAUUUUUAUUUUAUAUUCCUACCUUCUUCUCUAUUUAAAUAAUAUAGUGAUUAUUUUACUCGAAUUUUCAUUCGUCAUUGAAGAAUGACGAAAAAUAUUUUUAACAAAAAAAUUGACAGUCAAUAAAAUAUAAAAACAGAGCAAUUAAGUUAGAUUACAUGAUAAAAUAGAAUAAAUAUUUCCAUUUAAUUUUUAUAGAAUAAUUAUUUAAAUUAGAAAAAAAAGUUUAAAAGAUUUCUUCGAUGAUAAGAUAAGGUCUUUCACACUAUUAUGAUUAAUUUGUUAAACAAAUUUACUGUUAUUUUUAUUGUUGAAUGGGAAGGACAAAAAAUUUAAAUAUAUAGUUAUUACAAUUUGUUACUCGUAAAAAGGAGAAUAAGAAAUUUUUUUAAAUCCUUUUAAACAACAAACAAUUAUAGAGACAAUCCUAAUAUGUUAAUAUCACAUAUUUUGUUGUUUAUAUGGAUAAUUUUAAAAGAUAAGAAACAUUUUCUAGGUUUCUGCUCAAGCAAAAAAAAAAAAAAAAAAAAAAGAAAAAAAGAACAUAGAAGUAUUGAAAAUCGUAUUUAAUCUCGUAUCAUUUACGGAUUAAAUCAUUCGUAUAGUUCGAUAUAUAUAGCGAAUUUUUUUUUUUGUUUGAACUUGUUAAUUUUAAAUUAAUUAGUAGAAUUAUCCAGAACAACUGGACUAAUAGGACACAAAGAAUUGAAUCCAAACCAAAAUUCAGUGUCUUUCUCGGUAGUUCUGAUCAAUUGCACUUGUUAGAUCAAUGGUUGAAAUGUAGCAAAUUUACACGAUCUAUUUAUCGUGCCAGUAUAUACUGUAAGAAAUUGUUACAUGUCUGCGUGAAUAAUUAAUAUUAUGUAAAUGUAAGAUACAUAUACUCACAACAUACUUCCUUGUGAAAGAAAAAGAGAGGACAAAAAAAAAAAGAAAAAAAAAAAAAAGAAAAAAAGAAAAGCAUGUAUUUCUUUCGAGCGCAUAGUUUUUUAUCUAUGUUAUACGCCCGAAACAUAUCUACCUACAUUGUUGUGUAAAACGGAUUAUAAAUCAAAUAUUUUUGAUCUUUAUAGUAUUUGAAAUUAUCUGACACACCAGAUAGAUACACUUGCAAAUUUCUAAGACCAUAUUUUCACGCGUCUUGAUAUAGAAGUUAAACAUAUAAUUAAAAAAAGGGACAUAGAUUCUUUACUAGAAUUCUCCCUCCCUCCCUACCUUCUUCCCUACCUUCUUCCCUCCUCUCUCUCUCUCUCUCUCUCUCUCUCUCUCUCUCUCUCUCUCUGUCGUCUGUAUGCCUUUCACUCUGUUUUUAAAUUAAAUCACAUAAUGAAGCUCAUCCAAGCUCGUGAAUUAAAUGGACUUAACCGACAAUUUAAGGCUCGGAAGCAUUUUUACGAACGUUCUGAUGAUGGAUUACUUCAAAUAUAAAAGUUACAUCUUAAUGGAUAAAUGUAUAUGCGUAAUAUUCACCAAAUAUACCACCCAUCCAAACAGCUUGCAGAUGUAUUUCGUAUAUCCAAAUAUGCCUAGAGACGAAUUAGAUGAAGCAUAUACACAAUACAAAUACACACGUAACACACAUAACGUAAGAAUUGUCUAUAACAUACACGAAUUGCAAAUUCUUCGAGAUAAUGCAAAUUAAUCAUAUCAAUCGUAUCGUAUCAUCGAUUCUAUCAAUGAUUUCUCUUGUAUCGUGAAUAUCUUUUUCUUUUUUUUUUUUCUUUUUUGUUUCGAAUUUUUAGAAUGCACAAAAUAAUAAGACACUUUCUUUUUCGUUAUGGCGUUAAAUAACACAUAUAACACGUAUGAAAUAAGAUUGUUAAGACUCGCGUUAAGAGGCGAGGAAGGUUUUUUAAGCAUCCUUACGUUUUAGCAUUUGUUGGUCGAAUUUCGAAAAUAUUCGAAUUUAGAUGAGAAGCGAGACUUAUACGAACAGGGAAAAAAAAAAAAAAAGAAAAAAAAGAAAAAAAAUGAUGCGUACAAAUUCAUGCGGAUCGAAAUGUAAUAAAGUUAAGGCGAAUCUUUUCACGUUGCAUGUUCCUUUCUGAGAUAUUUUUUUAUGAGACAACUCCAAUUUUACAAUCGUAUUAUAAACUUAGAAAGAUAUUUUUAGUGGUUUGUUGCGCGAUUGCGGCGGUAUAUUUUUUAUUGACUUUAUUUGUAUCAUAAACUUGUAAUAAGUUCCAAGAUAUAUCCGCUGAAAUUAUUAUUAGAGAAAAGAAAAAGAAAAAGAAAUUUAAAAAAAAAGAAAGAAGAAAUGACACGUGAAUAAAAUAUAUUCGAACGAUCGAACGUAAUUAGAAGAAUUUAUACGAAGAUAAUUAAAAACGUAAUAGAAUUAUGAAAUGAAUAAAAAAAAAAAAAAGAAAAGAAAAAAGAAA